AUGUCGUCCCUCAUCUCUCACCUUCUCUCCUGCUGCCUACGCAGUCAUUCCCCGGUCCAGGGCGAGGCGGACGAGCGAACCCACCUCAUUCCCGAGACCACCAUCACCGACAUACCACAACCGCGCAGCUAUGUCGUUGACCAACAAAAGCUCAAGGACCGCCUCGGGACCAUCGUCCGCGCGAAAGAAGGAAAGAUGGUGAACGUGAACACGCCCCUCCCCUUCAAUCUGCACCACAAGUCCUUUCCGGAGACCUCCCGCUCCGCCUCCACCUCUGGACAGCGCGGCCCCUCAGACACAGAGGCCGCAUCCCGCUCGCGUGAGCCCUCGCGCUCGAUCGAGACGAGCCGCUCGACAUCCUCACUCCACCCCGGUGACGCGUCAUACCUUCCCCCCUCCGAGCCCGCCGCCGUCCGCCGUCCGAUCCUUAAUGCGCGCCUCGUGCGCACCGCUAUACGUCGCGGGCGGAGCGCGACCCGUGGGCGGAUGGGGCGCUUCGGGGACGACGCCAGGGACGCGGGGCGGCAAAUGAACGGAAAUGGAGGCGGAAUCGAGCAUGGAGGUGUGGACGCGAGCAGUACAGAGCCCCAAACAGAGGACGUCUAUACAGCAGAAGCAGACGCACCGGCUGCAGCGUCAGCGGCAGUCCAGGAGAACGCCGACAUUGACACCGAGGCGACUCCACAUGCGUUGGACGUCGGGUUCCAGAUAGCGGACGUCGGGAAGAUCGCUCAGAGCUGGGGCGAGUGA